UAGCUCUGCAAUGAUGAACUACUCACUACCUAAGAAAAGCAGCAGCAGCAGAAGAAGCUUUUAGCGGCCUCCUCACCUUCCUUUUUUUGUUUGCCUUUAUUAUAUGAGUCGCGCCUCUUCUUUCGCUUCUCCAAUUUCGAAGUUCAUCAUAUAGCUUAGCCAGCUAGUGUUUUUUUUUGGCCUUGAAAAAGCUGAUUUGAACCCUUCAAUGUCUCUCUCCGCCCUCCUGGUUAUAGCCUAUAUAUAUCACCCUUACACUUACUUUUCUGCUUAACGAGACAGUUCAAUCAAGCUAAAGGAACGAUCUUGAUCAUAGUCCUCCCUUAUUAGAACUUGGGUCCUCAUAUCUUUUGUGGGGUUGGGUAGUUUCGCUACUGUUCCAUAAAUACGAAGGGACAAAAGAGAAAAAAAGACAGCAUGGGUGCGGAGGGUGUGGUAGUGGUGAGAGAAUUCGACCCGAAGAAAGACGUUGUGGGAGUGGAAGAAGUGGAGAGGAGGUGUGAGGUCGGACCCAGCGGCAAGCUCUCCCUCUUCACCGACCUCCUGGGUGACCCUAUUUGCAGGGUCCGCCACUCUCCUGCUUUCCUCAUGCUGGUGGCCGAGAUGGGAAUGGAGAAAGAGAUAGUGGGCAUGAUCAGAGGUUGCAUCAAGACCGUUACAUGCGGCAGGAAGCUCACCAGAAAUGCAAAAUCCAACAAACCCGUCCCUGUUUACACCAAGCUCGCCUACAUCUUGGGCCUCCGCGUCUCGCCCUCCCACCGGAGGAUGGGAAUAGGGUUAAAGCUGGUGCGUCGAAUGGAGGAGUGGUUUAGAGAGAAUGGCGCGGAGUAUUCGUAUAUGGCAACCGAUAACGAUAAUUUAGCUUCCGUCAAACUCUUCACCGACAAAUGCGGCUAUGCCAAGUUCCGUACGCCUUGUAUCCUUGUCAACCCCGUCUUCGCUCACCGAGUCCGGCUACCUGACCGAGUCACAGUGAUCCAACUCGCCCCCUCCGACGCCGAGGUCCUCUACCGCCGGCGAUUCUCCACCACCGAGUUCUUCCCUCGCGACAUUGACUCAGUGCUCAACAACAAACUCAGCCUGGGGACGUUUCUCGCGGUGCCACGUGGGACGUACAGCGUCCAGAACUUUCCCGGGUCGGAUCGGUUCCUGGACAACCCGCCCGAGUCGUGGGCUGUACUGAGUGUUUGGAACUCUAAGGACGUGUUCACGCUGGAGGUCCGGGGCGCGUCGCGUGUAAAGCGCGCCCUCGCGAAGACGACCCGGAUCGUGGACCGGGCCUUACCCUGGCUGCAAUUGCCGUCGGUGCCCGAAUUGUUCAGGCCGUUCGGGCUGCACUUCUUGUACGGGCUGGGAGGGGAAGGCCCACGCGCUGUGAAAAUGGUGAAGGCGUUGUGCGGGUACGCCCACAACCUGGCUAAAGCGCGUGGGUGUGGGGUGGUGGCCACGGAGGUGUCCAGUUGCGAGCCGCUUAGGUUAGGAAUCCCACACUGGAAGAAGCUAUCGUGCGCCGAGGACUUAUGGUGCAUCAAGAGGCUGUGGGAGGACUACAGUGACGGCUCUGUCGGUGACUGGACCAAAUCACCCCCUGGCUGGUCCAUUUUUGUCGACCCCAGAGAGGUCUAAUCUCGUAAAAGCAAACCAAAUUAGCCCCAACAGAACACGAAUCGUUUAAUUUUUUUUUUUUUUAAUUUACUUUGUAGGGGGGGUGAAGAUUUUGAGCGUGGAGAAAAGAGAGAAUGAAGAAGAUCAUAUGGGUUUUGUUUGUUAAAAAAGAGAAUGUCACCACAAUUUUAAUUUUUUUUUUUUUUUUUUUUUUUUUAAUUUUAAUUUUAAUUUUUUUUUUUUUGUGUGUGUCUGUAAAUGGAUGCGGUGGCUUUUUAGAUCCUCUUCGAGCAAAACGCAGCCUUGGUUUCAUGUGGGGUUGGUUAUCUUUUGGGUCUUUGCUUUUUUACUUGUUAUUCUAAUCUAAAUUCUUGUAAAGAA